GGGUGGGUCAGCUACGCCCCCUGACUGGACGGGCUCUGAGUUCCAGCUGCUGGCGCCGGUGACGGGCGGGAAUCGGGGCUCGACUGUAGGAUCGGGGCUCGGCCCGGUCGCCUCCCACGUUGUGGCCUGUCAGUUCUCAUCUCUUUUGAGGAGUAUCCAUGCUUCACCAUGUUGAGAGCUAAGAAUCAGCUUUUUUUGUUAUCACCCCAUUACCUGAAGCAGCUAAAAGAUACAUCGGCCUCCAGAUGGAACCAGCUUCUACAUCAGCAGCAACCCCUUCACCCAGAGUGGGCUGUCCUGGCCAAAAAGCAGCUGAAAGGCAAAAACCCAGAGGACCUAAUAUGGCGCACCCCAGAAGGGAUCUCUAUAAAGCCCUUAUAUUCCAGGGCAGAUACUAUGGACUUACCUGAAGAGCUUCCAGGGGUGAAACCCUUCACACGCGGACCCUAUCCCACCAUGUACACCUACAGGCCCUGGACCAUCCGGCAGUAUGCAGGCUUUAGUACUGUGGAAGAAAGCAAUAAAUUCUAUAAGGACAAUAUUAAGGCUGGUCAGCAGGGAUUGUCCGUUGCCUUUGACCUGGCAACACAUCGUGGUUACGAUUCCGACAACCCUCGAGUUCGCGGAGAUGUUGGGAUGGCCGGAGUUGCUAUUGACACUGUAGAAGACACCAAAAUCCUCUUUGACGGCAUUCCUUUAGAAAAAAUGUCCGUUUCCAUGACCAUGAAUGGAGCAGUGAUCCCGGUCCUGGCAACGUUUAUAGUAACGGGGGAAGAGCAAGGCGUGCCGAAAGAGAAGCUGACAGGCACAAUUCAGAACGACAUCCUGAAGGAGUUCAUGGUCAGAAACACUUACAUCUUCCCCCCAGAGCCAUCCAUGAGAAUUAUCGCUGACAUUUUUCAAUACACAGCACAGCACAUGCCAAAAUUUAAUUCCAUUUCGAUCAGUGGUUACCAUAUGCAGGAAGCAGGGGCUGAUGCCAUUCUAGAAUUGGCCUAUACCAUCGCAGAUGGGUUGGAGUACUGCAGAACUGGACUCCAGGCUGGACUCACAAUUGACGAAUUUGCACCAAGGUUGUCUUUCUUUUGGGGAAUUGGGAUGAACUUCUACAUGGAAAUAGCGAAGAUGCGAGCUGGGAGAAGACUCUGGGCUCACUUAAUAGAAAAGAUGUUCCAGCCUAAGAACUCCAAAUCUCUUCUUUUACGAGCACACUGCCAGACAUCAGGGUGGUCACUUACUGAGCAGGAUCCCUAUAAUAACAUUGUCCGCACUGCAAUUGAAGCAAUGGCAGCUGUGUUUGGAGGGACACAGUCUUUGCAUACAAAUUCUUUUGAUGAAGCUCUGGGCUUGCCCACUGUGAAAAGUGCUCGAAUUGCCCGAAACACACAAAUCAUCAUUCAAGAAGAAUCUGGAAUCCCAAAAGUGGCUGAUCCUUGGGGAGGAUCGUACAUGAUGGAAUCCCUCACAAAUGAUGUUUAUGAAGCAGCUCUGAAGCUCAUACAUGAAGUUGAAGAAAUGGGUGGGAUGGCCAAAGCUGUAGCUGAAGGAAUACCUAAACUUCGCAUUGAAGAAUGUGCUGCCCGAAGACAAGCUAGGAUAGAUUCUGGGUCUGAGGUCAUUGUUGGAGUAAAUAAGUAUCAGUUGGAGAAAGAAGACUCUGUGGAAGUUCUGGCCAUUGACAAUACUUCAGUGCGGAAGAAGCAGAUUGAAAAACUUAAGAAGAUUAAAUCCAGCAGGGAUCAGGCUUUGGCUGAGCGGUCUCUGGAGGCACUUACCCAGUGUGCUGCCAGUGGAGAUGGCAAUAUUCUGGCUCUUGCUGUGGAUGCAGCUCGUGCAAGAUGUACAGUUGGAGAAAUCACAGACGCUUUGAAAAAGGUUUUUGGUGAGCAUAAAGCUAAUGAUCGUAUGGUGAGUGGAGCCUAUCGGCAGGAGUUCGGAGAAAGUAAAGAGAUAACAUCUACCAUCAAGAGAGUUAAUAAAUUCAUGGAACGUGAAGGUCGCAGACCCCGUCUUCUUGUGGCAAAAAUGGGGCAAGAUGGCCAUGACAGAGGAGCCAAGGUCAUUGCUACAGGAUUUGCUGAUCUUGGUUUUGAUGUGGACAUAGGCCCUCUUUUUCAGACCCCCCGUGAAGUCGCCCAGCAGGCUGUGGACGCAGAUGUGCAUGCUGUGGGUGUCAGCACACUUGCUGCUGGUCACAAAACCCUCGUUCCUGAGCUUAUCAAAGAGCUUACUGCCCUGGGACGGCCAGACAUCCUUGUCAUGUGUGGCGGUGUGAUUCCACCACAGGAUUAUGAAUUUCUGUAUGAAGUUGGUGUUUCCAAUGUGUUUGGUCCUGGAACGCGGAUUCCCAAAGCCGCCAUUCAAGUACUUGAUGAUAUUGAGAAGUGUUUGACAGAGAAGCAGCAAUCUAUAUAACAUCUGGAUCUGUAGUUAUGACCAAAGAAGAUAGUAAAGCUAUGUCUUCAGGUAAUUCCAACAUCUGUUGUUGUGCCUGUCUUGGCAGCCUUGCAGUAAAAGACCCUGAUUAUAAAAUGCAGUCCUGCUAAUACACAUAUUUAAAGAAUAUGAGCUUGAAAGUAAAAAUCUCUAAAUGGUAUCUAUACCAAAUAUUUUUAAAUACAUUAUUUUGAAAAUGAAAAUGACAUACUGCUAAGAAAUAACUAGUAAAACAAUUUCUUAAAAAUAAUUAAACUUUUAUUUUGUUUUGAUUUUUGAGGCAGGCUCUCACUAUGUGUCCUUGGAUAUUCUGUAACUCACUAAGUAGACCAGGUUGGUCUUAAACUCGUAGAGAUCUACCUGCCUAUGCCUCCCAAGUGCUGGGAUUAAAGGUUGUGCCAACAUGCCUGGCAAAAUUGAACUCUACAUAUAACAAUUUGACUGAUUCCUUCUGUCAAUUUAGUGUUGAUUUGGGUACUAGAAACUCGAGUUCUUGUGUUAAUGAGUUAGCAAAAUAAUAACAUUUAUCUUGGAAAAGAUAGUAUAGGGUAUUUUUGUAUGGAAAUAGAUUGGGGUUAUGAUCCUCAGCCAGGUCUACCAUUGCUUCAAUAAAAGUAUUGUGUCACACUCUGCACAGUGGAAUAGGGGACAGACAGAUACACUGUCUAGAAUUGUUCAGUUCAUUCUUAGCAUGAGAAUGUGAUAUUGUUAAAGUCAGGCCUGCCUCCAAACUCAGGAAAAGAUGUUGUGAAUGCUUUCUUAAAUGAAGUGCUGAUGGUCAUAUGGAUUCUUCUAGAGUGCUGAUUUAAGUCUGUUACAUAAAAUCAGCAAGCCUUCAGAUAGAAACAGGCUGAUUUGUAUAGAUCGUCUUAUUAAAGAUGAGUGACCUUAAAUAAUUUAUUCUUUAAAGGACGAGAAUAGUUCUUUAUUAGCAUAAGGCAUUCAAUGAAGGUGAAGUAAGAAAUGAGGGUACUUCUGUAAAUUUCUGUAUUAUAAAUCAGAUAGUAGGGUUUUGAAGGGCAUAAUCACAUAUUGCUGUGGAAUUAGACUACUCUAUAAUGCAGUUUAAUUUUCAGAACAUGACUUGUAGAGGGCAUCAUGACUACUAUUGUUCUCAUUUCAGAGAUGAGCACUUUGACUUCAUGGUCAGCAAUAUAUUCAUUGUGUUAUCUUAUGUGCCUUUUAUAAAGAAAUAUAUAUUCAAUAAAUAUGUUAUUCCUUUGUUGUGUUCCAUUA